CUCCUUUAUUUUCAAUACAUACUUUCAAGCUAUUUUAGCAAAAUAAUAUAAAUUAAAAAUAUUUUUAUUCUCCAGUUUUAAAAAUACUAAUCAUAUAGCGGCGUACCAUCUUGAUUAUAAAAACUAGUCUUUGACUAAAAUAAUAUUGCUAUGUAAAGAAUGGUUCUUGUAAUAUUGAUGUGGCAAUAAUGAGAGAGAGGAAGGCAAGUAGGGGAAGCAUAAUCACAUGGACAUCGCCUUUCUUUCAUUGCCUGCAGGCUGGAAUGGGGGCUAUCAACAAAUUAAGUUAAAGUGAAGAAAAAUAAGUUGAAAUCUCAUUAUUCUGCUCACUAUUGCGUAUCUAACGCUCGCUCUGAAGUUAAAAAAGAAAAAACCAGUCACCGGGGAAUGAUUGUCAGUUUUUGAAUUUGUUAGUGGUUCCGACAAAAUCUAUUGCUGGCAGCUGGAGGUGGAACUUUCUGAGGUAGCGGUGUCUUAAAAAGUGAAGGUUUCAACAGUUUAAUAAAGUUCGUUCUUUGUCUCACUCUCCUAUGGUGGUGCUGCUCCUUCUUGUAAAUACUUAGGUUUAGAAGCAUAAACAAGACUCAGAAAUGAAGUUUAUGAAACUCGGAUCUCGCCCUGAUACUUUCUUCACUACUGAGGCUGUGAGGUCUGUGUCAUCUGAGGUUUCUAGUGAUCUUAUAAUUCAAGUGAAAGAAAGCAGAUAUUUACUUCACAAGUUUCCCCUGCUAUCCAAGAGCCUGUGCCUGCAGAAACUGUGUUCAGGAAGCCCUGAAUCCUCACAACACCAAAUAGUCCAACUCCCUGAUUUUCCUGGUGGGUUGGAAGCAUUUGAGCUCUGUGCAAAAUUCUGCUAUGGAAUCACAAUUACUCUCAGUGCCUACAACAUUGUAUCGGUUCGAUGUGCUGCAGAAUACCUUCAAAUGACGGAGGAUGUUGAGAAGGGCAAUUUAAUUUGCAAGAUUGAAAUUUUCUUCAAUUCUUGCAUACUUCAUGGAUGGAGGGACUCUAUUGUAACUUUACAAAGUACCAAAUCCUUCCCCUUGUGGUCUGAAGAUCUUGGGAUAACGAGUCGAUGUAUUGAAGCCAUUGCUUCAAAAGUUUCGGCCCAUCCAUCGAAGGUGAGUCUAUCCCAUAGUUAUUCGAGAAGAGGUAGAGAUGAUGUAUCCUGCAAUGGAUCAGAGAGCCAAAGGCAUAAAAAUACAAGUAAAGGCUGGUGGGCUGAAGAUUUAGCAGAAUUGGGGAUGGAUCUUUAUUGGAGAACAAUGAUUGACAUCAAAUCAGGUGGGAAGGUCCCCUCGAAUCUCAUUGGAGACGCAUUGCGAAUUUAUGCAUCGCGUUGGCUACCAAACAUAUCGAAGUACUUACAUAUUGAGAAACAAGCAGAAUCUGAUCACGAGUUGGGCUCGACUGGGGAGGUGACUUCAAAACACCGGCUGUUGUUGGAGUCAAUUGUUAGUUUAUUGCCAGCAGAGAAAGGCUCAGCUUCAUGUAGUUUUCUUUUGAAACUGUUGAAGGCGGCCAAUAUACUAAAAGCGUCAUCCUCUUCAAAGAUGGAAUUGGCAAGAAGGGUUGCAGUUCAAUUGGAAGAAGCCACAGUUGGAGAUUUGUUAAUUCCAUCAUUAUCGAACACAGAUGGCAUUAUAUACGAUGUAGAUCUUGUUAUGACCAUAUUCGAGCAAUUUAUGUUACAAGGACAAAGUCCCCCUACAAGUCCUGCGAGAUGCAAGGGGGAUUUCGAAAGGAGAAGGUCUCGUUCGGCGGAAAAUGUUGAACUUGAGUUUCAAGAGAGUAGGAGAUCAUCUUCUGCAUCACAUAGUUCCAAACUCAAGGUAGCAAAGCUUGUGGAUGGGUUUCUCCAAGAGAUAGCGAGGGACAAAAAUUUGCACUUGUCGACGUUCAUUGCAGUAGCAGAAGCAAUUCCAGAAUUCACAAGGCUCGACCAUGAUGACCUCUACAAAGCUAUUGACAUCUAUCUAAAGGGGCAUCCAGAACUCAAUAAGAGCGAAAGGAAACGCCUGUGUCGAAUAUUAGACUGCAAAAAGUUAUCCAUGGAAGCCUGCAUGCAUGCUGCACAAAAUGAAAUGCUCCCACUAAGAGUGGUAGUACAAGUUCUCUUCUUCGAGCAAGCUCGUGCUGCAAUGGCUGGCGGCCAGGUGAUUGAGCUUCCGAGCAAUAUCUCAGAGCUUUUCUCCGCUCAUAAUAACCAGUCAAAGGUUAAAGCUACUUUUAGCACCAAUGGAGCAGUGGCACCAGAAGAUAAAUGGAGUAUGGCCGGGCUCAAAUCACCAAAGUCAAACCUUUCAACCCUUAAGAUGAGACUGGCAGAAGAUGAGGACUUAGACGAAAACUUUUCCGAAGUGAUGGAAAAAUCUUCCAAGCCUAACAGAUCUAAAAGUAUGUUCAGUAAGCUGUGGUCCAUCAAUAGAAAUGCAAGUGAAAAGAAUUGAUAGAAGUUUUAUUCAAUUUCUGGUUGGGGUGGUCCAGAUAAACUAAAUUGCCACUUUUAUUACUUUCUUCCGUUAUCGAGCAGAAAUCUUUGUACUCUUUAGGAAAAACAAAAUCACUGUGAAUUAUUGGUGUAACCUGUGAUAAUAACGUAAGGAGAUAGUAAAUUUUGACAAAGAGGGAAAUUCUCUCUUCGUGCAAACUGGAAUGAAGCACUUGUGAAACUAAAAUGUGGUAGAGCAAAUGCUGGUGGAGUUUAUAUGUAUCCAUUACUUCCUGUCUCUAGAAAUGAGUUUCAACUUCAUGACAUUCGACAUUGUAACUGCAUGUUCAGAACACAAUACUCGACAGUAUAAUUAACAAGA